CCCCCGCCAGAGCGCAGCGCGCACGCUCAGCAAGUUCCGGCGUAGGUAGCGGUGGCAGCUCCCUAGGCCGACUUCCCCGCUCCCGGACGAUUACUGCUCCGACCAUUUCGCGCCGGACUCCUGCGCUCCGAUCGCUUCCGCGCCGGCCCCGCUUCCGGUCCCGAUUCGGGACCCCCGCUCCGGCCGGCCCGGCCCCCACCCCAGCCCUGCCGCCCGGCCCCAGGCCCGGCCGCGGCCGCUCCCGCCUGGAGCCGCCGCGCGCCCCCAGCCCCCCGGCGCCCCCGCGGCCCCUCGCCUUUCUCUUCCCGGCGCGGCCCCCGGGUUUCCGCGCCCCGCCCGCUACCAACCCGCUCGCCACUAUGUCUGUGGAGCUUGAAGAGGCCCUGCCGCUGACGACUGCCGAGGGGGCGGCCAAGAAGGCGGCGAAGGCUGGAGGCUCAACCUCAUUGUCCCCAUCCAAGAAGAGGAAGAAUAGCAAAAAGAAGAAUCAGCCGGGCAAGUACAGCCAGCUGGUGGUGGAAACCAUCCGCCGGCUGGGCGAGCGCAACGGCUCAUCGCUGGCCAAGAUCUACGCCGAGGCCAAGAAGGUGGCGUGGUUCGACCAGCAAAACGGGCGCACCUACCUCAAGUACUCCAUCAAGGCGUUGGUGCAGAACGACACGCUGCUGCAGGUGAAGGGCACUGGCGCCAACGGCUCGUUCAAGCUCAACCGCAAGAAGCUGGAGGGCGGCGGCGGCGAGCGGCGCGGAGCCCCGGCGCCCGCCUCUGCCUCGGCGCCCGCUGCGCACAAGGCCAAGAAGGCGGCCCCGGCUGCGGCCGCCCCGCGACGCGCGGACAAGAAGCCGGCCAAGGGCCCACAGCCCGAGAAGCGCUCGCACAAGAAGGGCGCCGCUUCCAAGAAGGACAAAGGCAGCAAGGCCAAGAAGGCGGCGGCUGCGGGGGGCAAGAAGGUGAAGAAAGCGGCAAAGCCCAGCGUCCCCAAAGUGCCCAAGGGCCGCAAGUGAUCACAGGGCCCCGGCGCCUGCUUUUCCACCCCAGAGUGCACGUAGGUUUUGCGCGGAGCCCGAACCGCCGUGCGCGCCCCGACAUCAGUGGGCCCGGGCCGCGCCGGCCUGCCCAUCCCCCAACGUGGGAGCGUGUUUUUUUUUUUUUUUAUCUUUUUUGCUUUUUGGUUAUUUGCUUUAGAUUUUUAAAACGGCCCUGGCGACGCCCUUAUUGGCUCGCGCCCUUGGCCCGCGCUGUCGCCUUGGUUACCAGCUCCGGGGCGCCAAUGGCCGGGCUGCGCCUGCCCGCCCUGGCCCUGUGCGCGAGGACGCCAGGGCGGUGCAGCCCUUCCCGCCCCCGCCCUCCCCGCCUCCGGGCGCGCGCCGGGUAAUGACGCGGGAGCGCGCGUGGCUUUUCUCCCUCUGGUCUCCAUUUUUGGGGCAAAAUAAAUUGUUUAAACCUUUCAA